GUCACAUGCGCGGGAGCACCAACAUUACGAACCGGUUCAGUUUGCUCUUGCGCGGUGAACGCGCGCUACGUGUAUUCUGUGCACACAAAUCGAACAUUUUAAUACUGAAGCAGUGGAACAAUAAAGCACCAACAUGGGGGCGAUGUUCCGGAGCGAAGAGAUGGCGCUGUGCCAACUCUUCAUACAGCCAGAGGCGGCGUACACCUCCGUGUCAGAAUUAGGAGAGGCCGGCUCUGUGCAGUUUAGAGAUUUGAAUCCCGACGUGAACGCAUUCCAACGUAAAUUCGUUAACGAAGUGCGUCGCUGCGAUGAGAUGGAGAGGAAGCUGCGGUACAUCGAGGCGGAGGUACAUAAGGACGGCGUACACGUGCCCGAGGUUAAGGAGCCCCCGCGCGCUCCCAACCCCAGGGAGAUCAUCGACCUUGAGGCUCACUUGGAAAAGACGGAGAACGAAAUCCUAGAGCUGUCGCAUAACGCGGUCAACCUGAAGCAGAAUUAUCUGGAGUUGACGGAGCUGAAACACGUGCUGGAGAAGACCGAGGCAUUCUUCAUCGCACAGGAGGAGAUCGGAAUGGAUUCCCUUACAAAGUCGCUGAUAUCGGACGAGGCGGUGGGGCAGCAGGCGGCGACGCGCGGCCGGCUGGGCUUCGUGGCGGGCGUGGUGCUAAAUCAAACACGCGACCACAGACAGCGGGUGCUGGUGAGCGUGGCCAAGGAGCUGGCGAGCUGGUCCAUAAUGGUGCGCAAGAUGAAGGCCAUCUACCACACCCUGAACCUCUUCAACAUGGACGUCACCAAGAAGUGCCUCAUCGGCGAGUGCUGGGUGCCCACCGCGGACCUGCCCAACGUGCAGAAGGCUCUGGCAGACGGAUCUAACGCGUGCGGCAGCUCGAUCCCGUCGUUCCUGAACUGCAUAGAGACGGAGGAGGAGCCGCCGACCUUCAACCGCACCAACCGCUUCACGCGCGGCUUCCAGAACCUCAUCGAUUCCUACGGCGUCGCCUCCUACCGCGAGUGCAACCCUGCAUUGUACACGAUAAUCACAUUCCCGUUCCUAUUCGCGGUGAUGUUCGGGGACCUCGGCCACGGCUGCAUCAUGGCCAUGUUCGGGGCCUGGAUGGUCAUCAAAGAGGUCUCCCUCGCCGCUAAGAAAUCCAACAACGAAAUAUGGAAUAUCUUCUUCGCCGGUCGCUACAUCAUCCUUCUCAUGGGCUGCUUCUCUAUGUACACCGGUUUGGUCUAUAACGAUAUAUUCUCCAAGUCUAUGAACAUCUUCGGCUCCACUUGGUACGUGCCGUACGACAACGAGACCCUCGAGAAGUCCGCCUCACUCACACUCGACCCUAAAGCUUCGUAUAUCAAUAAACCAUACUUCAUUGGUAUUGAUCCUAUUUGGCAAUCCGCUGACAACAAGAUCAUUUUCUUGAACUCGUACAAAAUGAAGCUGUCCAUCAUCUUCGGUGUCCUGCACAUGAUCUUCGGUGUCUGCAUGAGUGUCGUCAACUACAAUUUCUUCAAGAGACGCUACUCUAUCAUCUUGGAGUUCAUCCCGCAAAUAGUGUUCCUAUGUCUGCUCUUCCUCUACAUGGUGUUCAUGAUGUUCUACAAAUGGGUCGCUUACAGCACCUUCUCCACAGAUGAGGCAUACAAGCAGGGCUGCGCGCCCUCGGUGCUGAUCCUGUUCAUCAACAUGAUGCUGUUCUCCAGCACGGAACCUGAAGCUGGCUGCAAAGAGUUCAUGUUCGAGGCUCACGCAGAGUUGUCGGAGGUGCUGUGGGACAUGGUGCUGGCGUUCGGGCUGCGCGACCCCACGUACGUGGGCGGCAUCAAGCUGUACGUCGCCUUCUGCUUCUGGGCGCUCUUCACCCUCGCCAUCCUCGUCAUGAUGGAGGGCCUCUCCGCCUUCCUGCACACCCUGCGUCUGCACUGGGUGGAGUUCAUGAGCAAGUUCUACUCCGGUCUCGGCUACAUCUUCCAGCCUUUCUGCUUCAAGACGAUCCUCGAAAAUGAUGACGAGGAAUAGAUUAAAAUAAACGUAUCAGUAGUAAGAAUAGUUCGCGGAAAUAUUUAUAGCGUGUUCAUACACUCAGUUCUAACUGACAGUUCAACUGUUCAGUUAAAACUGAGUUUUAGUAUCCGCGAAGAUUGUUGUCACAAGUUAUUGUGUGAAUGAAAUAUAUUUAGCAUACUUUA